AUGGGGGGAGCACAGGUGCUGCUGCUGCUGCUGCUGCUGCUGGGGACCCCCAUUGUCAGGGCCAGCCCCAUAGCGCUGGAGGGGCCGUUACUUGUGGGUCACGCUAUGGGGCAGGGGCCCCUUCCCGAGCGCCCCCCCUGCCGCCCCAUUAACGUGACUGUGGCUCUGGAGAAGGAUGAGUGUCCCCAAUGCCGAGCGGUGACAACCACAGCGUGUGGGGGGUACUGCAGGACACGGGCUCCCGUGUACCGCAGCCCCCUGGCCCCCCCCCCCCAAUCCGCCUGCACCUACCGUGGGGUUCGCUAUGAGCGCUGGCGUCUAUGGGGCUGCCCCCCAAGUGUGGACUCAUCCGUGGCCGUCCCCGUGGCCCUCGGCUGCCGCUGCUCCCGCUGCCCCAUGGCAGCCACCGACUGCACCGUGCAGGGCCUGGGCCCCUCCUUCUGUGGGGCAGACGGAGGCUUCGGGCCCCACUGAUGGGGCUGCCCCAUAGGGGCUA